AUGGAGCAGUCCAGGUGGCCGGACCUCCCACCGGACGUGCUGCGUGACAUCUCCGGCCGCCUUCGCCACGCCCUGGACUUCCUCCGUUUCCGCACCGUGUGCAGGUCGUGGCGCGACUCAUCGAAGCCCAUCUACUCCUUGCCGCCAUGGCUACUCGCCACGCCAGAGAAUGACUCUGUCCCGCUAAAGUUCAGGUGCGUCUUCUCCAAGUCUAGCUACCACGCGUCGCCACAGCCGUCGCCGACGUCCGGAGGCGGGAAGAGGAUCUGGCUGUCUACUCCCGAUGCAACUGCUAUCCGGUACAUCACUAUCGAACAUCUCCGCCCUAGCCUACAUGAUCCUCUCACCGGAGCAAUCACUCGCCUGCCUCUCUUGCCGCCUACUUACUGUGUCGAUGGGCAGUGGGAAGAGAAUAUCCUCAAAGGCGCUCUCUACAGCGACGCAACCACUUUUCUUUACGGUUUUUCGGUCAUUGAUGAUGGCCUAAGAACCAGGUUCAGGGCGGCGUUGUUGCUUCCUGGUGAAGCAAAGUGGAAGCUUGUGGAGAGGAACCUUGAGAAUACCGACAGGCCCAGCGAGUACCACUACGCACGACGUGGUGGCAAGGUCAUAGAGACUGACCCUGAUGACGAGUAUAUCCUGGUCAAUGUAGACGGAGAGUAUUGUGCGACGUACCGUGGCGGCAUGAUCCUGGUCACCGUUGAGCCUAGCCUCUGGCGAAUUAUCAUGCUAGAUGGCGGCAAUGAUGACGACGUGUUAGUCCCAACGGCGCGGGUGGAGGUGGAGGGGUCGUGGGCCUACUUGGUGGAACACUACGGCUACAUCCUAGAGUCCCGCGGAGAGCUUUUGUGGGUGUCGGUCCAGGUUGAGAUGUAUUUUACUUUUUGCCAGGAGUUUCGUGUUCUCCCACAUUCGGUGUCGGUGCAUGUGCUAGAGGAGGCCCCAGUGCCAGAGAAGGUACGAUGGGUGAGAAAGGACGGUCGUAGCCUGGCGGACCGCGUGCUAUUCUUGGGGUCGCCCAACAGUUUCAUAGUGGAUGCAUCCAUGUUAGGCAGCCAUGGAGGCUAUGCCUAUUUCAUCUACCACAAUGACGGUAAGAGGUCACCAGCAAUGCGUUAUGGAGUGAUUCGGUACAACCUCGUCGGUGAAGAGAUCGAUUUCUUGUGCAAGUCCAAGUUCAUUGAGCGGCUACCUCUAGGAUGGGAUGGCAAGAAGUGCACCUGGCUCGUCCCCCAGCCUGCCAUUGCUCCAAUUAAGAAAACCACUAAGAGGUGGAGAAAGGCCCGUUCCAUGAAGCAGCAGCAACAGCUUACUAGUUCAACACACACCAUUCACAUUGAGAGAGACUACGAACCUUGUUUCAAGUUGUUGGUGCGUAAUCUGCCUCUUACAGUGAAGAGCCCUCAGCUGCAACUCUUAUUCAGCAGGUACGGCAAGGUGUCUAGUGCCAAAGUAAUCUACCACAAGAAGACCAAACGCUCGCAGGGUAUUGCUCAGGUAACCAUGUCGACUGUGCAUGCCAAUCCUGAAGAUGCUCUGCAUGCUCUCAGAAACCUGGUUUUGAAUGGUUCCUAUCUCACGGUUAGCUUUAUCAAGAAGGGGCAUCGGCGUCGUCGUCGGCUCUGCUUCGGCAAUAAUUAUAGUGAUUUUAAUUUUGUAGAAUGA